AUGCAUUACUUAGCCUUAGCUGGAGUGCUUUGUGCUCUCUUGCUACAAGUAUCUGUGGCACAAAUCCCAACAUGUUAUGCUACACAAUACUACUACAUCACUACGUAUUAUACAGAAUACUAUAGCUAUGUGACAGGCUAUCACUCUUGUGGAUGGUGGGGUGGGAAUAGAUGUGUCAGUGGUUAUGGUCGAAGAUCUCGUCAACGCUCUAGACAAUCAUUUGCAUCACGCUCAUAUGCUAUUUGUUGCGCACAAUUUAGUGGAAGUCACCCCAAUUGUCAACCUGUAUGCAACCCUUCUUGUGCUAAUGGUCGGUGUACUUAUAGUUCAGCAUCUCGUAGCAAUUAUUGUUCUUGUAAUGCUGGAUGGAGUGGAGGAGCAUGCAGCAUAGAUAUAGAUGAGUGUACAACAUCAAACUCACCACUGUGUCACUCUCUUGCUAGAUGCAUUAACACGUUAGGAUCAUACAGAUGUCAGUGUCAGUCAGGGUAUGUAUUUAAUGGAGAUGGAUACACUUGUACUGAUCUAAAUGAGUGUACUAGUGGUGAUCACAACUGCCAAGCUGAUAUUUAUUGUGAUAAUAUUGUUGGUGACUACAAGUGUAGGUGUGCUCCUGGUUUUCGAGGAAAUGAAACUGACCAUCACAUUUGUGAUGAUAUUAAUGAGUGCAGUGUUGCUAAUGGUGGCUGUCAGCAAACUUGUAUCAACACUCCAGGCAGUUACUAUUGCAGUUGUUUAUCAGGAUAUAGACUCACUAAUGACAAUACAACAUGUCAAGACAUUGAUGAAUGCAGUGAAGGGACUCAUGUUUGUUCUAGUGCCUCUAAUAAUCAUUGCAUAAACACAAUUGGAAGUUACAGGUGUGAUUGUAAUACUGGAUAUCAGGAAGUUAAUGGAGUGUGUACAGAUAUCAAUGAAUGUGCCACUAGUAAUGGAGGGUGCUCUCAGAUUUGUAAUAAUACUCAAGGCAGUUUCUUUUGUUCAUGUUUACCUGGAUAUCAACUAGACAGCAGAUUUACUUGUGGAGAUAUUAAUGAGUGUGAUAGUAAUCACGGGUGUCAUCAUGCUUGUGUUAAUUUAAUUGGAGGCUACAAAUGUGACUGCUUUCUUGGCUAUGCAUUAGACAAAGACAACUUCACUUGCAUACUUCAAGAAUGUUCACCAAAACUAACAGUGCCAUUAAAUGGCAACCUAUCUUGUCCAAAUGGUCAAGUAACUAACACAUCAUGUGAUACAUCAUGUGAUGCAGGAUAUGAACUCACUGGACCAGCAGAACGUACCUGUCAACCUAACGGCUCAUGGACAUCUCCUCCUGCUAGAUGUACACCAAUGAAGUGUCCAGAAUUGGAGCAACCUGAAAAUGGAUACAUUAGAUCACCUUGUCCUGAAACUUAUGGAUCAACAUGCUCAUUGCAGUGUGUCUAUGGAUUUGAAGUAGCAAAUGGAAGCACAUCAUUUAAUUGUGAAUUGACUGCUGACAAGAGCAAUGUAGAGUGGACUGAGUUUGGUACUUGUCAAAGAAGACCAGUGUGUGAUGAUAAUACUUGUGUUCAUGGGAAGUGCAUUGAAAUUAGUCAAUCUGAGUUUCGUUGUGAUUGCACUGGAACACUUUACACUGGUGAGAGAUGUCAUCGUGGUCUCAUUCUUGUUCCUGAGAUUGGAGAAUUGCAACCUUUCAGAAGUUUUAAUUUACAAAUAACGACAGCUGUACCUAAUGAAACAUUGAGACUAGCUUUACGUGAAUCUUGUAAAUUUGGUGGUGGGGGACUGUUCCUCAGACCUUGUGAAGUUGAAUUUGGGCCAUCAUCAACAACAGCUACUUCUACUAUAAUUGGUGGUUUUCCAGGAAUAUAUUAUUUGAAUUUUAAUGUAAAAGGACCCAGUGCAAAUGACUUUGAAGUCCCUCCACCUGUGGCAGUCAUUGUCAGAAGUGGACGAACUCCUUAUUAUUUCACAAAAUUAGACAGUCCAUAUGUAUACAAUAGCUGCUGUGAACUUGAAGAAUCACAGAUGCCUCUUUUAAAAUGUGGGUCAAAUCCACGAGCUAGUGUUCAGUUUACAUCUUCUUGCUCUUGGGAGUCUUUUGGAUCCAAUGGUUGGAAGACUAGUGGAAUCAUAUUCUCCAAUUAUAACAAUUUAUCUUUACCUGUUUCUGUUGCUGGAAUAGAGAUGUCCAAAACAGAUUCUUUGCUUUCUCUUAAUGUACCAGCUACCAAACAGUUUCAAAAAUGUGAAGGAGAUUGCAAUGGUGUUUUAAAAGAACUCUCUGGUGAUGAGAAGUGCUAUGAAUAUAUGCCUACAACUGAGGAUUUGAGUGAAUUUGCAUCAAAACAGUCACUAACUGAAACUUUCCUUGCUGAAGCACAGUUAAAACUACUGCCAAAGUGGCUAAAAUUGAUUGUACCAGAUGACAGUAAUGCACUUAAGAAGCUGGUUGAAGCUGAUUACCGUGUAUCAAUUGUUUCUGAAACCGAAGUACUUCAACUAGUUGGCUGUGAGUCUCUCCUUCUUGAUACUACUGGACAAUUUAGUGUACUGCUUCAUAAUGGGCCACUGGGUAUAAACCUAAAUACAUCGACACUGAACAUUGAACAACAGUCCUUAUCUGCUCCUAUUAAAGGAUCGUUUUACUGUAUUGCUGUUGAUUUAUGCUCUGGAGAUGUAUCUCCUCUCUAUCUUGCUGUUCCUCAAUCGAUACAAGAAGAUAUUGUGAGGAUUAGCUUUUUGAAUAAAUUCAUUAGGAAAGGAUGGAGCUUUAAAAUGCGGAGCUUUAUAUUUUGGGAAAAUCCUGUGAAGAUGAAUGAUAUUCCAACAUUCCAUUAUUGGAAUGGACUGACUCAUAAUUACCAGUUACCUAUGCAAGAAUCUGACAUAAAAAUAAAAAUGGCAUCAACUGGUUUGUUUAGUUAUGGAGAGACAGAUGUGUCAUUUAGUUUUGAUGGUAAUGUAUCCUACGAGUAUACCUUGAAAAGAAGCGAGGCUGAUGACUUGAUGUCAUUUGGUGAGUAUUCUCUGAAAGUGACAACAAAAGUUCAUGGAAAGCACGAAUCUCUUUCACUUCAAAAUGUAUCGUCUUCAGCAUUCAUUCACUUCCAAGAUCCUGUUACAUUCAGCUGUUCAACUGGAUCAAUCCCAUCUGGAAUAUCAUUUAAACUCUCUUACAGGGUCGAAUCAACAGAUGGGUUUUUCUUUAAUUUUUUCCAGCUACCAUACGAUACUUCCUACUGUCCGGUAGAUACCUUUAUCAACCUUAAUUCUCUUCAAGAAAUGAAUGGCCUCAGUUUUUAUUCAAACUGCUUAGAGCUAGUUUAUGACUCACUGGUUUUAGGUAUGCUAUCACACAAGUUUUACAUACCAAUGGAUUCCAAUACAUUGUGUAUUGAUCCUCAAGAUUUUACAAACUAUUUUUCUACUCCUUCUUCAUUUGGGUUAUGGGUACAAUCAUCUCUCUCUCCUAGCCACUUGUCAUAUUAUCAAUUGAAUCCACUUUUCAAGCUUCAACCUGGGAGAGACAGGGUUACUGUGUCAUUAGGUUUUUCAGGCACUGCUGAUGAAAAGGUUGGACUUCUUCAUUCUGUUGAAAUUGCAGUGCUUGAUGGCAUUUUUGAGUCUCCCAUCAUCUUAAGAGACAAAGAACUCUCUUUUACUGGCUUAACUGUAAUAUUCAACAAUGAUUUAUACUUGGCACAACUCAAAGGAACUUCACCGGCAACCACUUCAUGGGGACAAAUGAUGAUUUCAAUUAAUGGUUGGUUUCCGCGUUCUGAUGACAGAUUCCUUGUUAGGUUGGAAGGGAGCGUCAGACAGUAUGUCAGAAACAUAGCAAAUCGAGCUAGAAUGAGACUUGGAACUGCUGAUGAUGAAGUCAGUGCUGCUAGUGAUGGAGUACAGACUGCAACUACAGCUCUUGGAGAUGUACAAGUUCAAUUUACUGCUGCUGAACAAGAAUACCAACAAAGACUAAGUAAUAAAAACAGACUAGAGUCUGAACUGGUUGAAGCUGAAGAAGUUUUACAGAAUGCAACCGGUGAGUUGAAAAUGGCAGAAGAAGCUAUUGCUGCUCUGUGUCAAAUCGAAACUUGCACUCGUAUGUGUGUAAGCACAUCAAGACCUCAAAUAGUUACUGAGGAUGUUUAUAAAACUGAAACUGUGAGUUGUUCCUCUUUUUGUCCUAGAAGAAGUUACAGAAGUGUACCACUAUAUUCUUUCUGGAGAUUUCGCUGGCGCUGGCAAUGGCGAUGCUAUGGCAGAAGUAUAUUUUGUAGACUUUUUAGAUUAUGUAUAUUUAGACGUUGUAGAUCAGUAUGUGCCCCAUACUGGUAUUUCCAUACUAUUUGGCACACUGUUCCUUACACUUAUAAUGUUCCUUGUGAGAAGCCAUGCAAUAGAACAGUGUUUGUAGGCCGUAUAAAGAAAACUAUAAUGGUAACUGAUCCUUGUGGCAGUACUGUCCCUGAUGCUACUUGUGCCCGUACAAAUGAACUGUGUCAAAACCAAAGAGAUUCUGCUUUUGGUUUAAUUGAUGAAAAACGUCAAGACCUUACAAAUCCACUUCGUCAACAUAACUCACUCAAACGUCAAAUAUCUAUUGCUGAAAAUAAUUUGCAGAAAUCAUCACUUGCAAGAGACAGGGCAAGAGAUAAAGUGUUGAGAGCUCAGACACAGGUUGAUGAAGCUGAAGAAAGAAGAAAUGCAACUUUACGCUUGCAACAAACUAUCCGUGAGUCAGAUGACAUUGGCUACAAAGCUAGUGAGCUAUUGAAGAGUUCUGAUAUUGCUAACGUAUUCAGUAUAGCAAACAUCUCUUUCACAGUAAUUAUAAAAAUUAAUUCAAGUAACAAAUAUACAGCAUGGCCACCAACUUGUAGUCGGGAAUAUUGUGUCACCAAAAGAGGAGCUGUGUGUACAAUUGAUGAUAAAAGCAUCGGUAGCAAUGUAAAAUGUCCUAGAGGUUGCCUCAUUUCUAACUGUUGGGCUUGCUACUAUUCAUAUACAGCACUCCCUUAUCCUGUUCAAGCUUUCUCUUGUCCUGUUAACUGUCCACUUGAUGCUGAGGGCCAGUUGGAAAGCAAGUGCAUGCAGAACUGGGGUCGCUGUGUCCUCAUUGCUUAUACUAAUAUAUACAAAGAAGUAUUGACACAUGAGAGGACUUCUGAUACUUUCAAGUGCUGGUCAUACCCUUGUUGACAUUACAAACAAUAACAGUUGAAUUGUAGUUUUAGAUUUAGUUAGUUUAGUUUUUUGUAAGUUUUUGUGCUCCCUACAAUUUUUCAAAUAAUUUCUCAUGUGGCA